CGAGGUACAUCUCUAGAGGGUUCAGAAAAUUACAAAGACUAGAAGAGAAUCAAAGCAUUGUAAGAACCAUACCGGUUAAGGGCCAACAAACAGGUAUACAGUACUUCCCUUUGUCUAGUACAUGACACAGCACUGAACAUGUGGAGUUUGUUACUUGUAGUAUUUGCUACUGGAUCACCAGCUCUACUUCAGGCAGCCCCGGUUCAGGGUUCCAGUGGCAGAUGCAGCUUUGCCAGUGUUUUCCAUGUUGAGGGAACCAGUCGUUACUCUCUAACUUUCCAACAGGCUUUGGAAUUGUGUCAGAGUUUAGGUUACAAACUCGCAACACAUGAACAGGUCAAUGAAGCUUAUAAAAAAGACUUGAGAACAUGCAGAUACGGCUGGAUAGAUGGACAAAAUGUCAUGUUCCUCCCACACUUUAAUGGUCCAAAUUGUGACUCAAGUUCCACCGAGAUCACCUUCCGUCCCGAAGCAGCAGAUUAUCUUUCUGAUGUCUACUGCUUUAACCCAUCAGAUGCAUCACUGAACUGUGAUGGUAAUGGUAAAUCUAACUCUGAGGGCUUAACCAAUGGAAACACAGCCAAAGCAAGUGAAAAAUCACAUGAAGACAUCCUUACGGAGGUCGAGACUGAAGGCUUUCUAGUAGAUUUGGAAGAGAUCAUGGGAAGAGUAAAAAGAGAAACUUCUUUUCUGAAACCCUCAUCUAUGCCUGCUUUGGAGGAACUCUCUACAACAACACACAGUGAAGACAGCAAAGGCCCUACAAGCAAGCCCCGUUUUAGGAAGAACACAUCCUCUGUUACCUCCAGUAUUUUGUUCCCAGAUACAGAGGGCAGUGGAUCAGGAAUGAAUGAGACCGUUUUGAAAGUUUCUAAGCCAAAUCAAGUCACAAUGACGGCAAUUACGUCAGAGGCAGUUGAGGGGACACCCAUGCAAAACAACAAGGAGAAAAUAAAUGAUGCAAAAAGGCGAAAUUUGGAUUUCAUUGCUAUAGACACAGGGAAUGGCGAAGAAUCCAAUCAACCUCCAUCACCCAUUCAAAAAGAUGAGGGACCAUCUACUUGGCUGAUAAUCUUUGCAUUCUGUGUUGUUGUUGGAGCCAUAGUAUGCAUACUUGCUGCGAUUGCUACAAGAGACAAGUGGUACGGACCGAGACAGAGCAGAAACAUCACAACUGAAGUGCAAAACAAAGACUACAGUAAAACAGAAACACUGCCACUGUCAGAAAAAGAGCAGGAGGUAGUGGCACUGAUGAGUGUUGCGAAGCUGAAUGGUAAAACGGAUGACAUUAGUGCUACCUGUCAGGAUGAGCAUGAGAAAGAGUAUUUAAUGUAAUGUUUUAACACAGUGUAUUAACAGGUUUGAAUUCUUCUGUACUUUUUAUUUGCACUAGUGAUGGUUUUUAUUUCUGCUCAGAGUCAGAUUUCUGGUGCAGUUUGCAUUCUUUUUUUGUUGUUGUUGUUGUUGUUGUUGUUGUUGUUGUAUUUUGCUUCAGAAUUGAAAGAAAAGAUUCUUGUAUUUCACAUUUCUUUUCUAAUGUAAAGUAUUAUUUUUUUCUCCAAUAAUAGAAAAUGCUUAUUAUCUCUUAAUGACUGAUGGUUAAUAAUGAUAUGGUGAGAAAACAUUUUAUUCUGGUUUUCAUCUGUUCGUAAGUACUAUGUACUGUGUGAGAUAUGAUGCAUUUUUGAAUGUGAGACAUUGCCCCGUCUUUUAUAAAUAGAGGAACCUUAUGCAGUUUGUAAUGUAAUGAGGCAAAAGUAAAUCUUUCCAUUUAUAAAAUUACCCAUAAAUAUGUAUUUUUGUCAGCUCUUAGAGCACCUUUAUGUGGGAUGAGUCUUUCAAUAAAACAUAUGAAAUUUGAA